AGAAAUAACCACUUACCUUUUCUCCUCCUUCCCGUUCCAGCCUUGAACUUUACCAAGACCAACAGUUGUCCACUACCACCACCACCACUACCACCACUACUCUUAUCUAGUACAACGAUCCUCACCGUCGCCCAUCAUGGAUCUCGCCAGCCUUAUCACUCAACCGGGACCAGAUCCCCUCGCAAUGAGGAUGUCAAGAGCCUCUUACAGCCCCCCUGCGCCUCGCGUGGCUUUGUAUAAGCGCGCACCGGACUCAUACUUCGCUUCCGUGCCGGUCUCUUACUCCCGCGCCCCUCCUUCCCCGCCGGUCGAGGAAAUGCCCCCCAAAUGCUCUCUCCCUUCUAUCUCGACCCUACUCGAAGGCGCAGAUGGUGCCUCCAUGCAUGCAGCUAAGCGUGCAAGAGUUACUCCUCCAGUUCAGCGCGAGCUGGACACCCGCCUUCCCCCGCAACCCUUGGAUGCGAUGAAGGCCAAUGGCCCCCAAAUCGGCCUGCCACCUACGCCUCCAUUGCGUCCUGGUUCUGGGUUCAACAGCGUCAGCCACUCUCCCACCUCGUCGAUCUCCGCCGUCAGUGACGGUGCCGCCGUGUCCCGCGCAGAGCCAUACACCCAGGCGCCGGCGAGACUCCCCAGUCCAUCGGAUCGGUCUUCCAUCUCUAGCCAGGGCUCCGUGGCUCCUGUCUCCGCCGCGCCUUACGUCUCUCCCGCCCCGAGCGUCGCUUCUUACUCCUCUCCCAUUGAGCCCUCGGCCUCCUCGGCCAUCUACUACCAGAGACCGACCUCCUCAUCGUCCACCUACCAGCCGUCCAGCAGCGUGCCUCCCUCCACUGCUCCUCUGCCAACCGCCGCACACCAACAGAUGAUCUCCCCUGUCACCCCGGCCUGGCAGCAUCACCACUACUUCCCUCCCUCCAGCACGACCCCCUACCAGCAGAACCACGACCGAUACAUCUGCAGAACGUGCCACAAGGCCUUCUCGAGACCUUCCAGUCUCCGCAUCCACUCCCACAGCCACACCGGAGAGAAGCCCUUCCGCUGCACCCACGCGGGUUGUGGUAAAGCCUUCAGCGUGCGGAGCAACAUGAAGCGCCACGAACGUGGCUGUCAUACCGGCCGGCCCGUUGCCACCGCCAUGGUAUAAACAUACCAUUCACCGGCAAACCAAGAAAAAGCACAAAAGCCGCGAGAGAGGAAAUUGUUUUCUUCUCUCCAGAUUUUCCCCCAAAUACCCAUGACUCCCAGCGACACUUCUUUUGCUCUGCAUUGCUUCUUCUGAUGAUACCCUUCUGCUUUGCGUGUUCAUAUAUACCUUUUUAUCUUCUUUCUGCUUCUUUGCGUCGAACAAAAAUCUCUGUUUUUUGUGCAAAAAGCUUAGGAGGGCGGGGAGCUACGGUGUAUCACCAAAAAGAGGUCUCCAUACAUAUUUUUCUUCUCUUUCUCACCCUGUGUAUAUUUGAUUGAUUUUUUUUGGACCUCAUCACCCCGCCCAACACCAUUCUUGUUUAUUAUCGUGCGAAAGGAGCAGGCAUCGCUUGUGGAUGACGGGCUUGGGAGAAACACACCAUAGUCGUUGUUCCGUGACAGCUAGAGGUUGUUGCAGG